AUGCCGACUCAAUCAACCGUUGAUUCCCCUGCAGACUUCAAGGAAGAGUCCAUGGCCGACCACAUGGCCGACCACGCGUCCUUGGCAGACAAUCUCUUCGAAUCCCUUCAGAAUGCGCUGAAGCGACAAUGGUCCGACGAACCCGACAUGGGGGCCGAUGGCUGCCAGACAGAUGCCAAGCGGAUCAAGGACGAGCCACAGGACGAUCUGCUGGACGAGCCCGGCUGGGACAUUGGCGCCCUGCUGGAGUCUGCGCUCGGCUCCAUGGACCAGCUGGCUGGGGCCCCCAUGGCGGCCUCGAUCGGCAACCAGGUCGGACUCGGCACGGCCGACGUGUCGGCCAUGUCUCAGAUGGACAUGUCCCCAGUGGUCACGACGGCCGAGCAGAGGGGUGUCACGAAGCCGGGGGUGCCUGCGUCGGCGGCCAGCGACAGCCACACGGCCGGCGCAUCGUCGCGGGAGCAGAACAAGAUGCGCUUCUCCCAGAACCCCACCUACAUCGUGCGGUCUAUGGGACUGUCCAUGCUGGGAAGUCUGGCCGUCCAGAUCCUGCACGCGCUGAGCGAGCGGCCCCGGCCCGAGGGCCUGAGCAACCUCACGUCGGCCGACACCGAGACCGGCCGGUGCUACAGGGCUCUACGGGCCACCUUUUGCUGCGCACGCAAGAUGUUCUCCGACUCAUCGGCCCUGCUGAUCCCCGAGGAGCUGGACAUCAAGGAGCUCGGUGACCAGGAAACCAUUCAGAUGGCCAACAUGGCGACGAUCUGUGCCAGCGUCUUCGAUGCCGACGACGUGUCCCUGAUCGACAUGCACGACCACUUCUUGAUGACGUUUCUGCCCGAGUCCAACGCGCUGACCGAGGAUCUCGCCACGCUCUUUCUCGGCCUCAAGUUCCGCACCAUCGCCGGCGAGUUCCAGCGGCUGCCUGACGACCAGCAGCGAGGCGAUUUUCUGGAGCGGCUCUUUCCCGCCGACCUCGAAGACCAGCUCAAGCAGCUGCAUCCAGACGUGCCGCUGUCGGAUCAGGAGCUCGCCUUUCUCAGGGAAAUGAUGGCAGCAAAAGACUUGCUUCUUGAGGCAGCAAAGACGGAGCAGUCGAGGAGUACGCAUCUCCAUAGCCCUCUUUUCCUUUGGCUGCCUAGACUAACCGUGACCGCAGAUGAACUGACGGAGAAAUACCCGCUGGACUCGUUCCGCAACGAGCUCAGCGCCUUCUUGGAAACCAACGCGGACAUUGUGCUAAAGUAUGCAGAGACGCACAGCAUUGAGAUUCCGACAGAGGAAGAGUCUGUGUCGGACGAGCAAGCUAUGAGCGAUGCUCUUGCCGAAGUGAGUGCAAACCUCGCAUCCAUGUUCGCAAUGGAGACGGAUCCGCCAGCCGAGGCCGCGCCACCUGCGCCACAGACAGCUGGCAUCACGGCUGUGCACGGCGGCGACAUGGUAGACGCUAUAGAGUCCACGUCCAUGAGCGAAGGACUGAGCAAGUUCAUCCAGGAAGCAGUGCAGAAGAGCGCGUCUGCCGCGCAGACGAACACGCAGACGGCGACUGAGAACGGCACGUCUGGAUCCACAGGCGAAGCAGACCUCAGUGGUCUGACCAUGCUCUUGAGAGAGAAGCUGAACCAGGAGACGCAAAACGCGCAGGCUGCCCAGACGCAUUCUCCCGUAACGGCAGCUAAUGCCGCCCUUACGAGUAUGCAGAACACGUAUGCGAACCAGCUGGCUCUCUUCCAGAGUCGGACUCCUUCGUUUACUCGGCAGCCGAUACAGCCGCCCGUAACCGAGACACCUGGUGGGGCAAACGGGUCGCUUCCACCCAAUCAGACGUCGCCUAGCGCCGUCCUUUAUCAAAGAGCGCGGCAGGCCGCGGCAGCAAAGACGACUGCGCACGCCCGAAGGGAGGGCUUGCAUAGUACGCGGCGGCCGUGGACACCCGACGAGGAGCAGGCCCUCAUGGCCGGGCUCGACAUGGUCAAGGGACCGCACUGGUCGCAGAUCCUGCAGCUGUUCGGCGCCAACGGCACGAUAUCCGACAUUCUCAAGGACCGCAGCCAAGUCCAGCUCAAGGACAAGGCCCGCAACCUGAAGCUCUUUUUUCUCAAGACGAACUCGGAGAUGCCCUACUACCUCCACUGCGUCACCGGCGAGCUCAAGACGCGGGCGCCCGGCCAGGCUGCCCGGAAAGAGGCCGAGGAGCGGGCGCGGUCCAACAACGAGGAGGAGCAGGCCCGCGUGCGCGGCAUCAUGACGCUUGCCGGCGGCCUGCAGGACAACAAGACCGGUGCAGCCACGGCGACAGACCUGGGAACGGCACGGACGACGGGCGCAGCGCGGGCUCAACCCGCUGAACCACAGGCUGAACAGAAUCACAACGGCUCGACAGAGGACUCUGCCUCGGCCCAGCACAUGCUUCAUGAGCCUGUAGGGCAAGCAGAGGCCGAACCCCAGUCUCCCAAGCAGGAAAGCCUCGAAGAGGCCAUAAUGAGGCUCAAGGAACUGGAAUGA